GAAUAAGUUAGGUUAUAGGUGAAGUGUUCUUAUUUUCCCAAAUAAAAAGAAUGAGUUCCCUGGCAAGAGCUAUUCAAAAAUUCAGCCUUUUAGAUCUAAAAGCAUCCAGUCCGAUAAUAUCUAGUGUAAGAUACAAAGCGAAAAUUGUCGAAAAACCACCAAUAGGCGGUGGACAUUGCUAUCGAAGAAUAGUACAUUAUCCAGAAGAAUAUACAGUAAAGCCUCUAAAUACCACUAACUUAGGAGGCAGAGACCCAGUAACAGGUCGAUUAGCUGUGAAAGGCAUCGGCGGUGGCAUCAAGCAUAAGUAUCAUUGGAUCGAUUGGAAACGAGUCGGUCCAACAGAAGAAGGCAAAGUACAAGAAGAGAAGGUCAUUAAAAUCAUUAAAGAUGGGAAUCGAACAGCGUUUGUAGCACUAGUAGCUUACGAAGAUAAGUUAAAAUAUAUUUUAGCCACUGUUAAUAUGAAACCAGGUGAUAUUAUUAAAACAUCUUGUUAUAUUCCUAGGAAUCCUGUUCGAGCAAAUGAAGGAGAUGCCUAUCCACUAGGUGCUUUACCUCUGGGCACACAAAUACACAACAUUGAAAAAUAUCCUGGUAAAGGAGGCUCUUUAAUACAUUCUGCUGGUACGUUUGCAACUAUACUGAAAAAAGCUCCCAAUGAUCGUGUAAUUGUUAAGUUGCCAUCAAAGAGAGAAUUCAGUUUACCAGCUAUUUGCAUGUGUACUGUAGGAAGACUUAGUAAUGUAGAACACUCCAGCACACCGCUGGGAACCCCACAGAAAAACAGAGAAUUAGGUAACAGACCGAGAUCUGGUUUGUGGCAGAGGAAAACCGGUUAUCAUGGGAGAAAAAUACGCAGGCUUCCUCCCGUCCAAGAAAUCACAAGUACAUCUCCAGACGAUAACGAAACUAUUGUAUUGAGUACCAGCAAAUCGUUUGGUUAUAAACCUAAAAUUCAAUUUUGCUAUUAAAUUGUAAAUAUUUGAAUG